AUGGAAGCUCGUUGUGAUUAUUGUGGAACAGAACAUGCAUUGGUCUACUGCAAAUCCGAUUCGGCUAAACUCUGCUUAAACUGUGACGUUUAUGUACACUCGGCGAAUCCUCUGUCCUUGAGACACACGCGAUCCUUGAUCUGUGAGAAAUGCCUCUCGCAACCCGCUUUGGUUAAUUGUCUGGAUGAGAAGGUUUCUCUCUGCCAAGGAUGUCACUGGACCGCAAGUAAUUGCUCCGGUUUAGGACACAGGAUUCAAGACCUGAAACUUUACUCUGGUUGUCCUUCUCCAGUAGAUUAUGCCAAGAUUUGGUAUUCGAUUUUAGACCAUUCUUUCUCGGAUUCGGUUUCUCCAUUUAAUGAUUGCACCAAAAUGAAGGAGUUAAAAGAUUGGGAUGGUUUAUUGACUUCCACGGUUACACAAACUAAGAAUCUAAAGGACCAUUCUUCUUUCUUUUCCAAGGAAUAUAAUCUUCCUAAUAUGAUAGAGGAGGAGUGUUCUGGUUUGGAUCUAUGCGAAGGGAUUGAUUUGGAUGAUUUGCCGUUAAAUUUCAACGCAAGCGAUGAUAUUAUGGGAUGUUCAUCACUUGAACAUACCAAAAGUUACCAAUAUGAUGAAGAUUCUUUCGAGGAAGAGAAGAGCAUUGACCUUUCUUCUCUGCUGCGUCCUGCUUUAUCCGAGAAUGUUGUUCCGAGUUUGUCACUUCCGAUGUCCAACAUCACAGGAGAAAGCAGCGCAACUGAUUACCAAGAUUGUGGGAUUUCGUCAGGGUUUCUGAUAGGAAAUUCGCCAUGGGAGUCUAAUAUUGAAGUUAGUCCAAAAUCAAGGGACGAGGCGAAAAAGAGAUACAAGCAAAAGAAAUCAAAGCGCAUGUUUGGGAAGCAAAUACGAUACGCAUCACGUAAAGCCAGAGCUGAUACGAGAAAACGGGUUAAAGGAAGAUUUGUGAAAUCGGGAGAAACUUUUGAGUAA